GUAUGUACCAUUUCCUCUAUGAUAAACUCUAAAUGGCUACAUUGACUGAAACAAGCGGAUCAUAGAAAUGACGGUAGUUAUAAAAGAACCUUUUAAAUUACACAGGCGUGGGUGUAGUCGUGCUGGGUAUAUGUUUCUGUUGCAUCCGAAGAUGCUUCCGCAAGAGGCGCUCCAAGGAUGGCAAGAAGGGAAUGAAGGGGGUCGACCUCAAGUCCGUCCAGCUCCUGGGAUCAGCAUAUAAAGAAAAGGUUCAGCCUGACAUGGAGGAACUAACGGAGAACGCUGAAGAACCUGACGAUGGAGACUCUAAGAAGGAGGAACAGAAACUAGGCAAGCUUCAAUAUAAGCUAGAAUACGACUUCAAUAGUAACAGUUUGUCAGUGACCGUUAUCCAAGCGGAGGAUCUACCAGCGUUAGACAUGGGUGGUACAUCUGAUCCGUACGUCAAAGUCUACUUACUACCUGACAAAAAGAAGAAGUUCGAAACGAAAGUCCAUCGGAAAACAUUGAGUCCGGUAUUCAACGAAACCUUUGUCUUCAAGAAUGUGCCGUACGCAGAUGCAAUGAAUAAAACUCUCGUCUUCGCAAUAUUCGACUUCGAUCGGUUUUCGAAACACGACCAAAUCGGUGAGGUGAAGGUGCCCCUAUGUCAAGUAGACCUGGCGCAGACCAUUGAAGAAUGGCGUGAGCUUCAAAGUGUUGAAGGCGAAGGGGGUCAGCUGGGAGACAUAUGUUUCUCAUUGCGAUAUGUACCAACUGCUGGAAAACUGACAGUUGUCAUUUUGGAAGCGAAGAACUUGAAGAAAAUGGACGUUGGCGGCCUAUCAGAUCCGUACGUAAAGAUAGCACUCAUGCAAAAUGGCAAACGUCUCAAGAAGAAGAAAACGAGCAUCAAGAAGUGUACACUGAAUCCCUAUUACAACGAGUCAUUUACUUUUGAAGUACCAUUCGAACAAAUACAGAAAGUGAAUCUAGUGAUAACGGUGGUGGACUACGAUCGUAUCGGGACAUCGGAGCCAAUCGGUAAAGUUGUGCUGGGCUACAACGCGUCAGGCACCGAGCUACGCCAUUGGUCCGACAUGCUGGCCAGCCCUCGGCGACCAAUUGCGCAAUGGCAUACCCUCAAGGACCCCGAUGAUGGAGAGAAGAAAGAUUAAGAAGGAGCCGAGAAAAAAUAAUAUCCCCUUGGAACUGGGAGUGAGAGCGUGAAGAAUAUACGACCCUUAUUUAACUAAUUUACUUUAUUAAUAACAUCUAAAUGUAAAUUUAGAUCUAUUGCUUUUGAAUAUUUGUUUCUGUAAACACUAUUUGAAUAUUGUGAUAUAUGUUACAACCUUUCCGUCAGUAGGUGUUAAGUGAAAUUUUCAUUACUUUAUCAAAGCUACUGAAUUAAGAAAAAGUUUUAGUUAGACUAAUUUAUGCUGUUAUCAUUGAUAAGCAUUUAUUUUAACUUAGAUAACCAUAAUCUGUUUUAUAUUUCUAAUGAAACUAGUUGUUUCUUUCACCUCGAUCUACUAUCAAUACUCUUACCUUGCUAUAUUUAAAUAGUUGUGAGGUUCGUUUGGCAAUAUAGAACGUGUUGUGAGAUGUAGAAGUAAAGCUCUGCUAGAUUUUCUUUGCUACCUCCUCGGCUAAUAAGUCGAUUGCGUAUAAUUCAUUUCAGAGUUAACGAUACCGCUUUUUAAACAUAAAUCACUUGGGCUUUGUUGAAAAAUGAUAACAUGUUAUGAUUACCUAACUAAAUAUUUUAUCUAGAAAGCGUUUACUAUAAUCAAUGUACGAAAAUAUAAUUUAAUAUAUAUUGACACCUUAAUAUCUAAACGCUAUGUAAAUAAGUUGGAUCCUGUUAAAAUUAUUACAUUCUAUUUUACUAAAAUGUAAGUGUUAUAGUAUUGAUACCCUUUUAUUGUAUAAAACCAGUUCCUUUAAAGAAGAGAAAUUGUCCUAACGUAGAUAUUUAUAUGAAAAUAUAUUUAGAUGUAUGAAUUGUCUUGCAACCUUAGUUAUUUAUCAGAUGAAUAAAUUUCUCUUCUUACGAGGAACAAGAGGCCUAUCAUAUAGGUACCUAAUAUUUAUUAUUUUAGGACAUGACAUUAUUUUAUAAUUAUCAAGCUAUACUCGGGGCUAGUUUUUCAAACAUCAGAUAAAUUAAUCAAAUAUACAUUUAUCAAAUGAAAUGGUCCUUUUACAUAAAUAAACCAAAGGAAAGACGGUAUUAAUAUAUUUGUCUGGGGCUUGAAAAAUCAGUAUGUUAAUGAAAUAUGGUUUAAGAGAUUUAUCAUCCAUCAAAAGUUUAAUUUAAACGUUUUUGGUACACGAAAUCAUCAAUUUCACUUGUAAUACAUCUGAUGUUGGGAUAUCAACAAAAUAAAUUGAAAAAUGGACCUUUUAACAACUACGCGGUAUCAUCGAAUCUAGUCAAAUAAAAUUAUAUCUAUUAGUACUUUUAGUGUCCAAGUAUAUCUUCAGAUGGCAGGUGUUAGACACUUUCAACUUAACACGAAAUACGUGUCUACAAUAAACGCACGUUUUAAGACUUGCCGUCUGAAUAUGAAAAGCUAAUGAUUGGACUGCAUGUAUCAUUAAAAAUACCUAAAGUAAAUUUUAUUUAACUGAUUGGUCUAUUUAGGUAUAUAAACCUAAAAUUAUUUCUAAUUUGAAUGUGAAAUUUAUUAUUAUUUAAAGUAUAUAUAUAUUAUAGAACUACCUACAUACAUCUUAGCUAAAGCUUUACUGUUGUUGAUCUCAACUAUAUGUUAAUGUGUAUAUAAUGUAAUCACAUGUUAAAUUUCACGAUCACUUUAUAUCUACGUAUAGUAUUAUCGGGCGGGCUUCAGAACAUUAGCAGUGCACUAUCACGAAACAAGUAGGUAUAGACUUGUGGUUCAAGUACUGUAUUUAACAAUAAAUUAAUAAUAAUUACUAUAAAUGUAACAUAGAACGUAUUUAUUAGUAAAAUUGCAACAGAUUCAUAGCUAGGUAGUUUAGACGCGAAGUUAAAAUAAGUUAUUUAAUUGCACAUAAAUACGUAAAUAAAAAUAUUACUUAGGUACUAAUAAUGCCUAAAUAUCAACAAGAAAUUAAAAACUCAUUAAACUGACUCUUUAAAAUAACAUCUGCGAUACUUUUUACAAACAACGCUAUGAUAAAGUAAUAUAGAGUAACAUAUUUCAGUUGUACAAAGACAAAUUUUCUAACAAAGUUCAUAGUGUAGUUAAUUUUGUAGAUUGCCCUAGGAGCCUAUGAAUCUGUUGGAAAGCACGUCUCAAACUUUGUACCCUAGUUCGCGAAACGCGAGCGAUGAGCCUGCGAGGGCCUCGAUAGGAUGACAAUAUAGACAUUCCACAUGCUAUUUAAUAUUUUUUAUAAUUUUAAGAACAAACGAAGUAUGUGAAUAAUCGCUAGAAAACUAAAUAAAUAUAUAUAUAAAUAAUUGAAUCUACGAUUUGUAAAAGCUCCCGUCUUUCUUAAAGUAAAUGAAUAGCCAUUAAAAUUACAGAACGAGUGUUUUAACUGAUAUUUUUCACCAGACUAUUCAAAACCGUUUCAAUAUGUUUAAUUUUAAUUAAAAAAAUGCUACUUAGUGAAUUUUUACCCAAAUAAAUAAAAUAUUAGUUAAAACAUUCAACAAAUUAGUGAUAAACAUAGUUGAGACUAGUGAUCAGCCUCGUAACAAGAUUCCAUGUUAACCACUCUUAAUUUUUAAAAAUAAAAACAUCGAUAACGUUUUUAAAAACGUUAUUUAGCGCUUUUAUUGUAACAACCAUUAUUUAGUGCCGUGAUUCCGGUUAAAUUUCAAGUAUAAUGCUAAUAAACCAAAUAACGUUACGAGACGAUCACAACGACCAACACGCCUCGUGUUCUAUACGUAUUUAAAGUUUGUAUUGACGUGUUGAGCUGUUGUAUUGAAUGCUGUUUGUUAAACUUUGAAGUUCGCUGAAUUUAAUAAGUGCAGAAUAAAAAACAAUAUCCAAAUCUUUAAUUUUAAUACAUUCACACUAAAACAAAUCAGGGUUUAUCUUAACUACGUUGCCCAGUUAUUGCACAUCUAUAUUAUAAUGUAGAUUUUUUUCGUUAAUAUUGUUACUGUAGACCUUAUCAUGUAUAUAUCUUUAAAGUUUACUAUAUAUACAUAUAUCUUAAUAAAUGUCAUAUCACUCUUCACUUGAAUAAAAAUCAUUGUCCUAUAAAAUUUAUGUUCAAAUUUAUUUUAUUUAUUAUAAAAAAAGUUUUUUUAAUCAGAUUAUUUACUUAGAGUUUAUAAUAGUAAUGAAUUAUGUAAACUAUGAAGAAUGUCUAUAAUACAUAAUUACAUAGAUGUUGUUGUUUUAUUUAAAAAAAAUGUAUAGGUAAAAAAGCAUGG